AUUGGUUACAGCGCCCCCUCGUGCUAGCAUCUUUAACAUCGUUCUCCUCGCCUCAUCGUUUUGGGAGCUGUCCUUACUCUAUGAUCACAGGUGCAAAAACAGCUACGCUCACGGAGAUGGGACGGUGACCAUGCCCUGAAUCUUUUUGAUGUGUGAAAAAAUGAGAAUCUUAAAGGCAAAUCGAGCAGAGACGAUGAAAGUGAAGGAAGUUAAAUUCAAAUCAGCAGAGACUGUCCAGGAUGAUUUUUCUUCCGAUUCAGACUCUGGGGGGCGCAGUUGCAAAGAUGACACAACCAACAGAAUCUUAAAGGCAAAUCGAGCAGAGACGAUGAAAGUGAAGGAAGUUAAAUUCAAAUCAGCAGAGACUGUCCAGGAUGAUUUUUCUUCCGAUUCAGACUCUGGGGGGCGCAGUUGCAAAGAUGACACAACCAACAGUCGAGCAGAGAGGAUGAAAGUGAAGGGAGGUCCAUCCAAGUCGGCAGAGACUGUCACGGGUCAUGAUCUGUCAGAUUCAGACUCGGACUCUAUGCAAGACAGUAGAAAUAAUAACGACAACAAUGCUAACAAUGAAGCCACAACCAAAAGCUUUGAGUGUCCCCCAGGUUUCCAGCAAGUUGAGAUCUCUGCAGAGGAUGAACAGAUCUACCUCGAUGACAUUCAAGGAUCUGAAUUCUGGCUUAUUAAGACACCACAUGAUUUUGAUGCUAAAAGGCUCAAUGGUGUAAAUGUUUCGCUGAGUGGCCGACAGUUUUUGAAAGAGGAUGAUGACUCUGAGGUUUCAUAUGAACUUCAUGCUUCUAAGAACAAAGCCUUGGAUAUGAGAUUGCCACACCUUCUUCUGCCUUCCCAAAGAGGUGAAAAGGCUAAGCUAGUUCCAGCUCCAGCCUUCACAGGUAGCCUUGCUGUCAUGGAAACUGUGGCCAUUCCACCAGUCCUACUUCCUCCCUCUCCUCCUAAGAGAUCCAAUGAACUGCCACCAGGACUCAAGCAGAGGUUCAAGCCUUUUGGAUGGGAGGACCCUAACAAAUGCGACCUGAGAACCAAGAAAUCAUUAGACGUGACUGAUAGCAGUAUCCAGAAGACCAAGAAGAAAAAUUCUCACAAGCACAAGAAGCCGCAAGAAGAGACGUCAAGCCCAACUGAUGAAGACUUAAGCGGUAGACACGGUGGUGAUAAAGGGGAGGAGAGGCUGCCCUCUGGAGGUGGAGAAGAGGAAAGGGACGAUGAGGAUGACAAGGUGACGGACGGAAAGAAGAAACACAGGAGAAGCAAGAAGAGGAAACACCAACAGAGAGAAGACAUCAAAGUGGAGAAAACUUCUGAAGAAACUCCAAAGAAGAAGAAAAAGAAGAAGCAUAAGAGCCUGGCGGAUUAGGAACUAAAAUGUUUACAAACAGAAUUGGAAACGUUCACAACAAAUCAUGCUAUCCUUUUUUUUUCCCUGUUCCCAUCAGGCCAACAUGUCAUUUGUUUUGUCUCUUUAAAGGAACACGUUGCCUUGGAUCAGUCGAGUUGGUCUUUGAAAAGCGUUUUGUAACUGUUUGUUAUAA